GGAAGUCGAAGACUAAAAAGGAAGAGGAGGGCAGUCAAAAAGUCAAACAAUUAAUUCCACUACCACCCCUCUGUAAACGCCUAUUUCAUUACCUCUGGAAAUGAUCUCAUACUCUCUCUCUCUCUCCAAUUAUUUCUCUCCCGAGCUUCUGAAGCUACGUCUUUUGAAGGAUUCUUUAGAACUUGACUUUACAAGAGGGCAUGCCAUGGCAAGUUGUGUUUUCGUGUUUAUGUGAUUGUUUGUGAUUUGUGAAGAUCGCUAGGCAGAUGAAUUACUGGCAUUUUGUUUGGUUAUUGCCUCUUUGGUUGAGGGGUUUAUUGGAUUCUUCUUUUGCCAAAUCCUGAUUGCUUAGAUUCUUCAGCACCCUACCUACUACAUAGAAAAGGGAAUAAAAGUAAAGUCAAGUGGGUGUUGACGAUCUGGAACCUGGAAGAAAGAAACAAGAAUAAUACAGAGUGUGCUUUAUUAUUCUAAGUUUUGUUUUUUCAAGUGGAAUUGGCUGCAGAAUAAAGUUGAGGGAGUUUUUAUCACCAUUGUAAUGGAUACGAUUCAGAAUAUAGUUUAUUACUGUUGCGUUUCAAAGGGUAACAGGAUUUUGUACACGUAUAGUGGCGGAGACCAUGAAAUUGAGAAUUUGGCUGCUUUGUGCUUGGAAAGGGCUCCCCCAUUCCACAAGUGGUAUUUUCAGACAAUUUGUAAAAGGACUUUUGGGUUUUUGAUGGAAGAUGGUUAUGUUUAUUUCACAAUUGUUGUUGAGGGUCUGGGUAACUCAGGUGUUCUUCAGUUCCUGGAGCAUGUGAGAGAUGAAUUUAAGAAGGUGGCUAGAAAAGGUUCAAGGGGAAGUUUUUCAAGUAUGAACUCCAUUGGUAUGCAAGAACAAUUAGUGCCUGUCAUCUGCCGCUUGAUCACUUCGUUGGAGAAUGUUUCUCAAAGCAGGAGCAAUUGGACAGCUGAAACACCCUCAUCACUUGAUGCGGGUCUGUCUCCAUCACCAAGUGAUGCAAAUGGACAAAUCGAAGCUGCUAGUUCUACAAAAGCCCCUUUGUUGGUCAAAUCUAGCAAGCAAGAUAAAAAGAAGGCAAAGGAUCAUGUGAUUGGAAUGAGAGACAUUGAGUUGGACGAGCACCGAAGAUCUACGGAUAGAGGAGUCAAGGCUGAUUUGGAUACUCUGGAUUCUAAUAAUCAAGGUGGAGUAAGUUCCUCAGUCUCAUUACAGAAGGAUCUCGGUUCGAUGAGGAUCAGAGCAGGCUCUCAAAGUAUUCGGAAGAAGUGGUGUCGCCAAGUACGAAUUGUUCUUGCCAUUGAUGCAGCCAUCUGUGUAAUACUGUUCGUGAUCUGGUUAUGCAUCUGCCAUGGUAUUGCAUGCCUUCGUUGAAAGAUUUGCCAUUUUCUGUGACUGUGAGACUUCAGAACUUAAGUAUGCUUCCAAAUGUAAGCUGGAAUCAUGACUUGGAAGAUUGCAAACCAAGUUCUUUGAAGAAUAGGUUCCCCAGGGAGUGAAUGAGCGAAAGCCACGUUACCAAUUUGUCCUUGAGAUUUAAUGUAUAUCUGAAGGUAUGCCCCUUACAACUAAAAUUCAAUGGGAUCAGAUCUAGGAAACUCACUGUAUAGUGUCAUUGCUUUUGCAUGUGUAUAUGAAAUAUCCAUAAGAUUUUCAAGUUUUUGGUUCUGAGUGAUUCUGUAUUGUGAUUGCGGAUAUAAGAGAUGUUUUGUAAUCUCAGAAUUUGCUUUGUCAGUUACAUUCUUUUUAUUAAUUUCAUGCACUGAAGCAUCCUACUUUUCUUUUGCUUAA